AAAAAUAAAAAAAAAUAAAAUAAAAUGGCUAUACAAACAACAACUCCAACAACAGCAACAACAAAAAUGCUUAAUACAAGAUUGCACCAAAACUCCAAAUUUCGAGAUGCAACGGUAGCCACCACAUCAUCAUCCUCCUCCUCCUCCUCCACUGCAUUCAACUCCACAUCAACAUCCACAUUCUUCUACAAAUUCAUCAUAUUCGCCUUACUUUGCCUAACAACUGUUGUCAAUGCUAGACGACAUUCUCCGUUAAUUGUGGAAGAACCAGUACGCCGCAAUAACAGGCCAGCCGUAUCUGAAUGUCAAUUUGGUAAAACAUUACGAGAACUCGGUUCAACCUGGUAUGCGGAUUUGGGGCCACCGUUCGGAGUUAUGUACUGCAUAAAAUGUGAAUGUGUUGCGGUGCCUAAAAAACGAAGAAUUGUAGCUCGCGUGCAAUGUCGAAACAUCAAAAACGAAUGUCCACCUGCUUUAUGUGAUGAUCCUAUACUACUACCCGGAAAAUGCUGCAAAACUUGUCCUGGCGAUAAGAACGAUACGAACAUCGCCUUAGACGUGCCUGCACCACUGAAUCUGGAAGAAGAAGAGCGCAACAUGAAACAUUUCGCCGCUCUACUCACAGGCAGAACCUCAUAUUUUCUGAAAGGUGAAGAAAUGAAAACUAUGUACACCACACACAAUCCAUUGAAUAUAGUCGCCACUGGUCGUUUUAUGUUCCACAAAAAGAAUCUCUACUACUCCUUCUAUAUAUCAUCGAAAAUCAAUCGUCCUCGUGCCAUACAAUUUGUAGAUGACAGUGGUACCAUUUUGGAGGAGCAUCAAUUGGAAACGCAAAUUUUGGGCCCUUUAAGUAUUUAUCAGAACUCCACAGGCAAAGUAUGUGGUGUUUGGCGUCGUGUACCACGCGAUUAUAAACGUUUAUUGCGUGAUGAGCGUCUACAUGUGGUACUUUUGUGGGGCAACAAAUUCCAAGCUGAACUCGCUUUAGCUGGCAAAAUUGCCAAAUACACUGCACUUCAAACGGAACUAUUUAGCUCGCUUAUGGAACCUGCACCCGGCACUAAACCAGAUCAAAUGGCUGGAGCAGGUGGCACUGCAAUUGUAUCAACCAGUAGUGGUGCUGCUUCAUCGAUGCAUUUGACUUUGGUAUUUAAUGGUGUUUUCAGUCCUGAUGAUUAUGUCGACGCAGCACUUAAUGUACGUGUUGAACUACCCGAUCGUAAAGAGAUUGUUUUGGAUGAAGUGCAAAAAGUGCGAAAACCAUCAACUGAAAUUAAUGUUUUGGAAAUUUCUUCACCAAUUUCUAUACAAAACCUGCGUCUGAUGUCACGUGGUAAACUCCUCUUAACUAUUGAAUCAAAGAAGAAUCCAAAUUUACGCAUACAAGGGCAUAUACUCACAAGAACCACUUGCGAACUUUUCCAAACACUGUUAACACCGCAUAAUGGUGAAUCAAAAACUAAAAGCAGUGGUUUAGCUUGGGUGUUCUUGAAUACCGAUGGUUCCUUAUCGUAUAAUAUUGAAACUGAUCAUGUUAAUACAAAAGAUCGUCCUGAAAUUAGUCUAAUAGAAGAUUUGGGUAAACGUAAAACUAUGCUUGAAGAUCUGACACCCACUUUCAACUUCAAUCAAGCAAUUGGCACUAUUGAUAAAUUAGGCCCAAAAGUUUUAGAAUCACUGUAUGCUGGUGAUUUGGGUGUUAAUAUUGCUAUCGAAAGUGAGCCUAGUUUAAUACGUGGUCGCCUUGCACCACGUCCAGUCGCAGAUGCACGUGAUUCAGCUGAACCUAUACUAUUAAAGCGUGCCGAAAAUUCUAUUGUUGCACCAAUGCACUCAAUGGGUAUGGCUUGGAUUGCCAUUGAUAAUGAAUGUAAUCUACACUACGAAAUUACUUUGAAUGGCUUCCAAGCUAAUCCACAGGAAUUGCAAAUUUAUCUAGAGGAAAAGCCGAUUGAAGCCAUUGGAGCACCAGUCACACGCAAACUUUUAGAAGAAUUCUCAGGCUCUUACAUGGAAGGUUUCGUGCUGGGUAUGCCAUCUAAUGAGCUCGUUAAAUUGGAAACUAGUGUUUGCUACCUCGAAAUUCAUUCAAAAGAUAAACGUGAACUCCUGCUGCGUGGCAAACUAAAGUCAACAAAAGUACCAGCACAUUGUUUUCCUAUCUACACAGACAAUAAUGUACCGAACGUGCUAGUACCGGGCGAUCACAAUGACAACCACCUGAUUGCACCGGACGCAAAGUGUUUCCAUUCAGGACGUUUUUACGAUGAUGCCGAACAAUGGCGCAGCACACAGGAUACUUGCCAGAUGUGCGCUUGUCAGCGCGGUCGUUCUACCUGCGAGCCAAUUAAAUGUCCCACUGUGUUGUGCAAACUCAGCGAAGAAUUAGUACAGCGUGAAGGUGAAUGCUGUCCCACAUGUAUUUCACAAAAUAGCGGAAGUGAAAUAAUAAGCGCAGCAGAACAAACAAAACGUGGUUGCCGCUUAGGCGAUCAAUUCCACAUGGCCGGCGCUACUUGGCAUCCCUAUUUACCACCAAAUGGUUUUGAUACAUGCACCACCUGUACAUGUGAUGCGCUUACCUUGGAAAUACGCUGCCCACGCAUGGUAUGUCCACUUUUGGCAUGUUCUGAAAAAUUAGCCUACAGACCGGACAAAAAAGCUUGCUGUAAGGUUUGUCCAGAGGGUAAAGUGCGUAAUGACAAAGUAUUAGGACCACUGAAUACAGAUGAAUUAGGUGAUCAAGCAUCUGGUAGAGUAAAUAUGCGUACACCAGAGGAAAAAUUGAAUCAAGGAGGUUGUAAGGUUUUGAGUAAGAUUUAUGAAAACGGUCAGGAAUGGCAUCCAGUGAUAGCAUCGCAUGGCGAACAGAAAUGUAUAAAGUGUCGUUGUAAGGACUCUAAAGUUACUUGUGAUCGCAAGCAUUGCUCUCGCUCUACAUGCCAGCAAACGCGCGUUUCGGCAAAGCGAAAAGUAUUCGACAAAAAUGAGCCGGCAAUCGAUGAAUGCUGCUCUACGCAGUGCCGACGCUCGCGCAGACAUCACAGACGAACACAUGCGGAUCGUACCACAAACACCGACGAAAAGCAGCAACAACAAUUAUCAAAACGUGUGCAGCAAACGAACAACAACCGAAGCGGUAGCAGCAGUCAUAGCAGCUGAAUUGCCAACUUAACCAACUUAACUUAACCCAAACUAUUGUGAAUUUUUGAAGGAUUAUGAAAAUUAUGAGAAAAUUCAAUUCGUUACAACAUAAAAAACCUUUUCACUGAAAUUGAGUAAAACAAAAGGAACAAUAACAACAACAACAACAAAGAUAUACA